UCACAAUGAAACAAAAGAGAAAUGGAUGAGGCUGCAUCAGCUGGUUGGUACCAUACGGGAAUAUUCGACACCGGGGAUAACAUUACAUUAUCUUAGACCACAACACACCGAUUCUAUUUCCGCCAUUUUCCCCUCAAUCUACAGAAACCACAUCGUUCAUAUUUAAACCGUCUGGAGGAGGAUCAGCAAACAUGUUCUACACCUGUGGUCCCAAUGAGGCUAUGGUGGUGUCAGGUUUCUGUCGCUCUCCUCCACUGAUGAUCCCAGGAGGCCGGGUGUUUGUCAUUCCGUGUAUUCAGCAGAUACAGAGGAUUUCUCUGAACACUCUGACUCUGAACGUGAAGAGUGAUAAAGUCUACACCCGCCAUGGGGUGCCCAUCUCUGUCACCGGGAUAGCCCAGAUGAAGAUCCAGGGUCAGAACAAACAGAUGCUGGCUGCAGCCUGUCAGAUGUUCAUGGGGAAGUCAGAGGCGGAGAUCGCUCAGAUCGCCUUGGAGACGCUGGAGGGACACCAGCGAGCCAUCAUCGCUCACCUGACCGUUGAGGAGAUCUACAAGGACCGGAAGAAGUUCUCGGAACAGGUUUUUAAGGUGGCCUCCUCAGACCUGGUCAACAUGGGCAUCAGCGUGGUCAGCUACACUCUCAAAGAUGUACACGAUGACCAGGAUUAUCUGCACUCGCUGGGAAAGGCUCGGACGGCUCAGGUUCAGAAAGACGCUCGCAUCGGAGAAGCCAAGAACAAGAGAGAUGCUGUGAUCAGGGAGGCCCACGCCAUGCAAGAGAAGGUCUCGGCUCAGUACAAGAACGAGAUUGACAUGGCGAAGGCUCAGAGGGACUACGAGCUGAAGAAGGCGGCCUAUGACAUCGAGGUCAAUACCAAGAAAGCUGAGUCAGAGAUGGCCUACCAGCUGCAGGUAGCAAAGACUAAGCAGCGCAUCGAGGAGGAGAGGAUGCAGAUCCAGGUGGUGGAGCGGACGCAGCAGAUCAUGCUGCAGGAGCAGGAGAUCUCCCGCAGGGAGAAGGAGCUGGAGGCUAAGGUGAAGAAACCUGCAGAAGCUGAGAGAUACCGUCUGGAGAAACUGGCAGAGGCUCAGCGUCUGAAGUUGAUAAUGGAGGCAGAGGCAGAGGCCGAGUCCAUCAGGAUUAAAGGUGAGGCUGAGGCAUUUGCCGUGGAGGCCCGGGGUCGCGCUGAGGCCGAGCAGAUGGCGAAGAAGGCAGAGGCCUUCCAGCAGUACAAAGACGGAGCCAUGGUGGACAUGCUGCUGGAGAAACUGCCUCUGAUGGCAGAAGAGAUCAGCAAGCCUCUGUGUGAAGCCAACAAGGUGACCAUGGUGUCCUGUGGAGGAGGGGAGGUGGGAGCAGCCAAACUGUCCGGUGAGGUGCUGGACAUCAUGACCCGCCUCCCGGAGGCUGUGGAGAAACUAACCGGAGUCAGCAUCUCCCAGGUGUCCUAUAUUAAAGGCUGAAGACGUGACCAGGCAGACUCUCUCUCUCACCGUCUUAUCAGUUGCCUGGACUCACGCACGAGUCUGCAAACACUAACAGCCUCUCUCCUCCUGUCCCAUGUGUCUGACAUCACAUGUGUACCUGCCUCCCUCCUGUGGCUUUGUCGACAUCUUGCUGUGAGGUCCAUGUGUCGUGAAAGUGGCGAAACUUUCCUCUGUCUUCAUUAUUUUGGUCACUAUCACCUGCUCUGUGUGGACUAAAGUAUUUGCACUUCUCUGGCUACAGUUACAGCUGCUGUUUGUUUCUAUUCAACAAACAAUACUAUCUCUUAUUCUUAUUAAAAUUUGGUCCUAUGACUUGAUUUUGAUUUUAAAAACAAGCAACAACUGUAACAGUAGACUGCUUAUUUUAAUUUCAUUGUCUCAUCAGUCUGUCCUUUCCUUCCUUCUCUUUCAUGCCUAAUUGUGUGUUUAUUUGUCGAUCUGGUGAGAAGGUGUUAAUUUGAUUCUCUCCACUGCCUGUUUACAUUUAAUGUCUUCUCAUAACUGCCUGUGCACUGCCUUGCUGCCAAACCGUAAGUGCAUCUUAACAUGAGAGUUUUAAGCAAACAUACAUUCACAUUUAGCUACCACCUGUAAAUCUGCACGGCAUCGCUUUGUUUUAUGUUUCUGAAACCUGUCAGUAAUUUCUCUUUUAAGUCUUUGUCUGUGGUGAGAGUCUGAUGACUCUUAGCUUAAGACGUACAUGUGUAAUAUGAAACCUUAAAAACCUGAGCAGGAGCCCCGUAACACGCUCUGUGUAUUUACGAAAAGAUGUUAGCUAAUGUUAUGGAUGUUCACUGACCCUCAACCUGUGUUUAUGUCUCCACCAUUGACUGUAUAUUUAUAUGAAAGUGCGCCCUCAUCUCCUCCAAGUCAGGGGCGUGUCCAGAGGGGGGACCAGGGGUGACACUGGCCACCCUUGAAAUCUGAUUUUCCACACAGGUGCCAUCCCAAGUUCCCAAUAGCUUCCUUAUAAGAAGCAUUUCUUUUUCGGAUGUGUUAGCGCACUGGCAGCAGCUCUCUUUGUAUUUAAAUGCAGGAUCAUUUAUUUUGUUAAUUCCCUCAAUCACACCAGACAAACUAUAUAAGUUUGCAAAGAAUUAAGCUCUGAGGAUCUCUGUGUAGCCACUCUGUUGUUUCUUUUUAAGACGUAAUAUAAGACCAUAGACUGUAUAAAUAAUGGAUGUAGUAUCCAUGACGUCACCCAUCUGUUUCUGAAGCGCUGUUUUGAGGCCAAUUGGCGGCGGCGGCCAUAUUGGAAAUGUUGAACGUGUGUGCCAAUCGAGAAAUGAGCUAUACAGACUACACUCUUCUUUUGUACCAGGCUGUAAACAUGUUUAUUUCUGCUGUACAGAUCGGCUUUUUUGAAUUUGUGUGUAUGUGGUUUCUGGUACUUCCAGAGCCAGUCUCAAGCGGAUCCUCGAUGAGCUGCAGUUUUUAACACUUCUGCAUUGGCCUCAAUUCUCGCGGCCAGAGGUUGCCGCUUGUACAAGACAUGGGAACAUAACAGCUUACUAACACUUACUCCAGUCAGUGCCCCAGCUGGACACACCCCUGCUCCCACUCUGUGAAGUAGGGCCAAAAUACUUCCAAGAUGAACACUGACACAAUGCGCAUGGUGAAGCCACCAGGCUGACGUCACACACCUCCUGUCGACCAAAACACACGUUUAGCUCACCGAUGAAACAUGAACGAUCCUUCAGGUUGGUUCAGCCUGCAGCCGAACAGAUUCUUGUGUUGGUUUGAAGCGCACUCUCUGGUUAUGGAAAGUUCAGUGACUCUUGUGUCAAUGUUAGUUUUCACUCACUGUUCCUCCUCUGCUCUGAUGAGGAACAUUGAAGAGCACACUUUUGUCAACAGAGCUGUCAAAUGUCAAACUAAGCUUCUCUGGAAAAAUGAACACUUGCACAUAAAUCAGCACGAUGAGAAUGAACUCUAAUGACAGAAAGGAAGUUUGAGAAAAAAUGUAUGAUGUGUAUUUUAAUUUUUCUAGUUUGACCCAUGUUCCAUCUGUUACAAUGGAGGAUUCUGGCUCUAAGGACUUACUCAGGGUGGCUGUUGUGUCAUCCAUGGUUAUAUACAGUCAAUGGUCUACACCAAACACUUGUGUGUUCACACGUCUGAUAUCUAACUCUUGUAUUAAGAGCUAUUAUCAGGGCACUACGUUGGUCCCAGUUGUUGUUGUAUGAUAACAUGGACGAAUCAGGGAAUUCAACUCACUUUGCAAUGAACCUCGCUGUCAGGAUCAGAAGAGUUAUGAUGUUUUCCUGAGUUUAUAAGUGAGAACAAAUAUAGAUAUACACUAUUAUUACAUACACUUUACUAGAUAAGAAGCUCAUGUAAAGUGUGGAAACUUGUGUCAUUAUUGCCGUCUAUGUAGCAGCUGUAAAGAAGGUGUGGCUUGUGGAGAGAAAUAUAGCUUAUACCUUCUACUGUAGCAGGAAGAUGCUUCAGUCUAGUUAUGCAUCGUUAUUGUUUUGUUGUUUUAUAUUCAGUUAAACACAGAUGUGAAGACUGAUGAAUCAGAUGCGUGACAGUCAAUGAGACUACUUUUACAGUGUUAGCUUGUACUUAUAAGGUGUUUGAGGUACCAAGUGAUCCAUUUAAAGGAAGUCAAAAUCUCAUCCCCUUGAAAUUAGCUGUUUUACAAUCAAUGCACUCAGAAGCAUCAGAUGGUGAGACGUAAAAGUUAGCUUUGCAUCCGAAGCCUCUUUGACACAUGCACUUUUGAAAAUGUCCUGGAUUUUCCCAGCUGCGUUCUCACAUUGGCUCAUUCCAAUUUCUUGCAGAAAUGUUAUUCAGAGGCUGGUCUGAAAAAUGCUGGUGAAAAUUUCGCCUGUAUACGUUCACACAUGCAGCCCACCCAGAAAAUACUUGAAGUUUUCAGGAGUUUUGUGCAUGUGUGAAUAAAGCUCAACUUACUUUAUACGCUAAGCAUUCGACUUGGAUUACACUUGUCACUUAAAAAAGCUUAAACUUGUGAGAAUCACUGCACUCGUAGAGGGCCGGAUUUGAAGCAGGUCAUGUUUAUUUAUUUAUUUAUUUGUUUGUUUGUUCGUCUCUCACUGUGUUCUCUUCACUAAGUACGGUACAGCCAAAUGUAUUGAAAUGCUUUCUGAGGAUGGUUCAAUUUGUUUAAAGAGGAUAUGUACUGUUAUUGUGCAUGAAUAUGAUACCUGUUACACUUACACUUCAGUUUAAUCUUACAGUUAGCUUUACUCUGUCUGACUGUGGAAUUACCAAAGUAUAAAGAAUUGACUAUCAGUUAGUUAUAGAGAAGGACAUGUGAUCUGUGUUCUACAGUAAUGGACAGUGUGAUGUGUAACAAUACUCUGAAGGUGCACUACAUAUAGAUAUAGAUGUAUUAUACAGUAUAUAUUUGAUACAGCAGCACUGCUUGCUUUACCAUUAACACCUCUACUAAAUCUAACUACAAGCAUCCUCAGCGAUUCAUUAUAAUAAAUGUUUUGUUGUCAGUUUUCUGUGGUAUUUAAACUCCUGCUGUAGUUUGCUGGUGAAUUUCUGCCAAAAUAAAAAGUAGCACUUUGUUGAUCUGCUGUAGACUAUAAAUUUGUCAUUAAAGUGCUGACAGAAAA